CUUCUUAGCCUACCACCGCAACUCUGCUGUGGACCACCAUUAUUAUUGGUUCUCCUCAUCGGGCUUCGGGGUUCACAAGUCUGCAUAUUCUUCUCUAGUUUUUUCUUUGCUAGCUUUCAGGCUGUUUUCAAUGCUACUUCAGACAGAGACGUCAAUUUUUGUCUGACGCCUAUUGAGGACCGCGGGUAUAGUAGGGUUUUCAGAUCCAGAGCACUAAACCAACUACUACCCGGCCGCCGCCGCCGCCGGUACAUGUAAAAAAAGGCUUCGACCUGCGAGAUGAACGCAACGGAGAGCAUUCAACAAACCAAAACCGCAUAACCAAAAUGUUCAGACUAGCGCGUGGAACGGCAAGGAAGCUCAUCCUAGCGCUGCUUACAUGUCUGUCGUCGGCGCUGCUGUACAGGCAGAUUCAGCCGCUACCGCCCAAGAUCCCCGGCACGCCGGGCGGCCCGCCGGUGACGGCGACCAGGACGAGGCUCAGCGACGGCAGGUACCUGGCCUAUCUGGAAACCGGCGUCCCGAGGGAGAAGGCCAAGCACAGGCUCGUCUUUGUCCAUGGGUUCGACUCCUGCAGACACGACGCGCUUCCGAUCUCCACGGAGCUUGCGCAAGAGCUGGGCGUUUACAUGUUGUCCUUCGAUCGCCCCGGGUACGCCGAGAGCGACCCGCACCCGGCCAGGACCGAGGAGAGCAUCGCCCUCGACAUCGCCGAGCUCGCCGACAACCUGCAGCUGGGUCGCAAGUUCUACCUUGCUGGCUUCUCCAUGGGCGGCGAGAUCAUGUGGAGCUGCCUCAAGUACAUCCCACACAGGCUCUCCGGCGUGGCCAUUCUCGGCCCCGUAGGCAACUACUGGUGGCCCGGCUUGCCGUCGAACGUGUCGCGGGACGCCUGGUACCAGCAGCUCCCUCGGGACCAGUGGGCGGUCUGGGUCGCGCAUCACCUGCCGUGGCUCACCUACUGGUGGAACACCCAGAAGCUCUUCCCGGCCUCCAGCGUCAUCGCCUACAACCCUGCCCUCCUGUCCCAAGAGGACGAGAUGCUCAUGGCCAAGUUUGGCUAUAGAGCCUACAUGCCGCAGAUCAGGCAACAGGGGGAGCACGAGUGCCUGCACCGGGACAUGAUGGUCGGGUUCGGCAAGUGGAGCUGGAGCCCGCUGCAGCUGGAGAACCCGUUCGCCGACGCCGACGCCGACGAUGGCCAGGGGGCGGGGAAGGUGCACCUGUGGCACGGCGCCGAGGACCUCAUCGUGCCGGUCAGCCUGUCCAGGUACAUCAGCCAGAAGCUGCCGUGGGUCGUCUACCACGAGCUCCCCAAGUCGGGACAUCUCUUCCCGAUCGCCGAGGGGAUGGCUGACAUCAUUGUCAAGUCCCUGCUGCUCGGAGACGAUCAUCUGUCGUCGUCGGCCUCACAGCCUCCUCAUUCUCCAUGAAUCCAGGUCGUCACGUGUAGUCCGUUCGCAUUUCGUUGCCCGUCUCUCACUGUUUCUGUAAAGGGACCGAUGCUGCAGGAUUCUCUAGCGUUGUAGCUAGGAUGCUCUGUUUUUUUAAAUAAUGGAACUAAGUUUUAGCCUAUAUAUAUAUAUCAUCUGAGAAUGUUACAUAA